AUGGUUAAUCUUACGAGCCUUGUGGCUAGCGCCUGGCUGCUGCCAGCUGUUUACGGCGCCACGCAGACUUCAAGUGCAGCCUAUUCACAGACCACUCUGCCUGCAGGCGUAGAUGUUGGGGCGAACCUCAUCGCCAAUAUCGAUGAUCCCGAGGCUAUCAAUGCGCAGUCUGCUUGCCCUGGCUAUCGGGCAUCGAAUGUCCAGAAUACUUCCCGUGGAUGGACGGCGACCUUGACAUUGGCUGGAAAAUCAUGCAAUGCAUACGGAACGGAUGUGGAGUCGCUGAAUUUCUCGCUCGAGUAUCUGUCGUCCACGCGUGUUAACAUUUACAUCACUCCGACCCAUGUGGAUUCCUCGAACGCAUCUUGGUAUCAGCUUUCCGAAGAUAUUGUGCCGCGGCCCAAGGCCGACAGCCGGGCAUCUUCCAAAGAUAGUCAUUUCGAGGUCUCUUGGUCCAAUGAGCCUACUUUCGGCUUCAAAGUGGUCCGCAAGGCUACUGGCGAUGUUCUCUUUGACACCACAGGCUCCAAGCUGGUGUAUGAGAAUCAAUUCAUCGAGUUUGUCACAACUCUUCCCAAUGACUACAACCUGUAUGGACUUGGCGAGCACAUUCAGCAGCUACGUCUGCUGAAGAACUCGACCUUCACUUUCUAUGCUGCGGAUACAGCCGAUCCAGUCGAUCUCAAUACGUACGGAUCCCACUCGUUCUACCUGGAUACACGCUACUACGAAGUCAAUGCCAAAGGCUCGCACACUCUAGUCGCAACUGAUAAGGCCGAUGCCUCCAAGGACUAUGUGUCUUACUCACACGGUGUUUUCUUGCGUAAUGCCCACGGGCAGGAAAUUCUCACUGGGACUGAAAACCUCACAUGGCGUACUCUAGGUGGCAGCAUUGACUUGACCAUCUAUGCGGGCCCAACGCAGGCGGAGGUAACCAAGGACUACCAGAUUAGCACCAUUGGACUGCCCGCAAUGCAGCAGUACUUCACCUUUGGAUACCACCAGUGCCGCUGGGGGUACGCUAACUGGUCUGAAGUGGAGGAUGUCGUUGCUAAUUUCGAAAAGUUCGGGAUUCCUUUGGAGAACAUGUGGAACGACAUUGACUACAUGCAUGGCUACCGUGAUUUCGACAACGACCAGAACCGUUAUUCUUAUGAAGAUGGUGCAGUGUUCUUGAACAAGCUGCAUAAGAGUGGCCGUCACUAUAUCCCUAUUGUUGACUCUGCUCUUUACAUCCCGGAUCCCAACAACAAAUCCGAUGCGUACGAUAUAUAUACACGUGGUGCAGAGGCGGAUGUCUUCUUGAAGAACCCCGACGGAAGCACCUACAUUGGCGCUGUUUGGCCUGGGUAUACCGUCUUCCCUGACUGGCACCACCCCAAGGCCGGCGACUUCUGGGCGAACGAGCUUCUGACCUGGCACAAGAAAGUUGCCUUUGACGGUAUCUGGAUUGAUAUGAGCGAAGUCUCUUCCUUCUGUGUCGGAAGCUGCGGGUCCGGAAAGAUUAGCCAGAACCCAGUUCACCCUCCAUUCUCGCUGCCCGGGGAGCCUGGCAACGUCAUUUACGAUUACCCGGAAGGCUUCAAUAUUACGAACUCUACAGAGGCUGCAUCAGCGUUCGCGGCUUCCGCGAGUCAAGCUUCCGCGGCUGCGAGCACUGCCGAAUCUUCUAGUACCACUCCUUACCUGCGCACCACCCCGACUCCAGGAAUUCGCGACAUCAACCAUCCCCCAUACGUGAUCAACCACGCUCAAACUGGUCAUGAUCUUGCUGUGCAUGCUGUUUCUCCGAACGCAACUCACUCUGAUGGUGUCCAGGAGUAUGACGUGCACAGUCUUUUCGGCCACUCCAUCCUUCGUGCGACCUACAAUGGUCUCCGAGAGGUCUUCCCUGAGAAGCGUCCAUUCAUCAUUGGCCGCUCGACCUUUGCGGGCUCAGGCAAAUGGGCCGGUCAUUGGGGCGGUGAUAACUUCUCCAAGUGGGCAUACAUGUUCUGGUCUAUCCCUCAGGCUCUUCAGUUCUCGCUCUUUGGUAUUCCCAUGUUUGGCGUAGACACGUGCGGGUUUAAUGGAAACACCGACGAGGAGCUGUGCAACCGGUGGAUGCAACUGUCGGCCUUCUUCCCCUUCUAUCGCAACCACAAUGAGCUCUCUGCCCUUGACCAGGAACCAUACCGGUGGGCCUCCGUCAUCGAUGCCUCCAAGUCCGCCAUGAAGAUCCGUUACGCCAUCCUGCCGUACAUCUACACCCUGUUCCACGAAGCACACACCACCGGGUCGACGGUGAUGCGCGCUUUGACUUGGGAGUUCCCGAACGAUCCCUCCCUAGCUGCCGUGGACACACAAUUCCUCCUCGGGCCCUCGAUUAUGGUCGUCCCCGUCCUUGAGCCGCAGGUGGACACCGUCAAGGGUGUGUUCCCGGGCGUUAAGGAGGGCGAGGUCUGGUAUGACUGGUACACCCAAACCGCCGUCGACGCGAAGCCACACGUUAACACGACCAUCCCCGCUCCACUGGGUCACAUCCCCGUGUUUGUGCGCGGCGACACCGUGCUCCCCAUGCAGGAGCCCGCCUUGACCACCCGCGAUGCGCGUAAAACUCCGUGGACCCUCAUUGCUGCCCUCAGCGAGACGGGGACUGCCUCUGGCAAUCUGUACCUUGACGACGGGGAAAGCAUCGAGCCCAACUCUACGCUGACCGUCACCUUCAAGGCCAGCAAGUCCAGCCUCAGCGCCCAGCCCAGUGGAAACUGGAAAGAGAAGAACCCGCUUGGCAAUGUGAAUGUGCUGGGCGUGGCUCAUAAGCCGGGAGCCGUGACUCUCAACGGCAAGACCGUCCCGGCCGCGUCUGUUCAGUACAAUACUACUUCGCACGUCUUGUCAGUCACUGAUCUACAAGACCUGACAUCGAAUGGAGCCUUUGCGAAUAGCUGGGUCCUGAAGUGGUAG